AUGUCGGGCCCCGCCGGGUCCCCUCGCCCGGCCGCCGCCGCCCGGGUCCCGCCCAAGCUCGGCGGAGCGGCCGCGUCCCCCGGCCCGGCCCCGGCGCGGCCGCAGCAGAACGGACCAGCACAGAAUCCGAUGCAGGUUCCAUCUGGGUAUGGAUUGCACCAUCAGAACUAUAUCGCUCCCUCAGGACAUUAUUCUCAAGGACCUGGGAAAAUGACCUCAUUGCCAUUGGAUGCCCAGCGUGACGAUUACUACUCUGGUCUCUAUACAGUCCCAACACAGAAUGUGGCACCUCCUAGCACAGCACACCAACAGCCGGGAGCACAGCAGCUGUAUGGCAGGGGUCCUCCUGCCCCUCACGUCGGGGGAUCCACUCCCGGGUCUUUCCAAGGUGCUGCGUCCUCAGCAUCUCAUUUGCAUACGAGUGCCUCCCAGCCACACUCCUCUUUUGUGAAUCACUACAAUAGUCCAGCCAUGUACUCUGCCAACUCUUCUGUUGCUUCUCAGGGAUUUCCCUCCACUUGUGGCCAUUAUGCUAUGUCAACUGUUUCUAGCGCUGCAUAUCCUAGCGUCUCCUAUCCCUCUCUGCCUGCCGGGGAUCCAUAUGGGCAAGUGUUUACCUCGCAGAAUGCUCCAGCUGUCAGGCCGGCUACAGAUCAUUCAUUUUCCGGUCCCAAUACAGCCAUCAGCCAUCCAUCACCACUUCCACCUCCGCCAUCACAGCAGCAGCACCAGCAGCAGAGUCUUUCAGGAUACAACACUCUGUCGUGGUCAGCCGUGGGCCUCCCAUCAACCCAAGACAAUCUCCUCCGGAACCACACGGGAUCCCUGGCUACGGCCAACAACAACCCGGCAAAUACUGUUGCAGACUCUUUAUCCUGUCCUGUUAUACAAAAUGUUCUGCCUCUCAAGUCCAGCCCAGUAGCACCCACGGUUUUAUCUGCAGUCCCCUCGGCAAGAAUGCCACCCCCGGCAAGCCACCCAGUCGAGCCUGUGGCCUCAGUGACACAGCCAUCAGAGCUGUCACAACAGAAAGGCAUGCAGUAUGGUGACUAUGUUAAUAAUCAAGCUAGCUCCGCACCAACUCCCUUGUCAUCAACUUCCGAUGAUGAGGAAGAGGAGGAGGAGGAUGAGGAAGCAGGUGUGGACAGCUCUUCCACCACAAGCAGCGCUUCUCCAAUGCCCAACAGUUACGACGCGUUGGAAGGAGGCAGCUACCCAGACAUGCUUUCUUCAUCAGCCAGCAGCCCUGCUCCCGAUCCCGCCCCCGAAUCCGACCCUGCUCCGGCUCCAACUCCAGCCUCCACUGCUGCUCAGCCUUCAAAGCUGCCCAAGCCUUUUGGCUACGGCUACCCGACCCUCCAGCCCGGCUACCAGAACGCGGCGGCUCCCCUGGGUGCCGGCGUGCAGCCCGGCAGCCCUGCGUACUCGGGGUUCCAGCAGUAUCCCCAGCAGUACCCUGGCAUGAGCCAGCUGUCCUCCAGCCUGGGAGGACUGAGUCUUCAGAGUGCUCCCCAGCCAGAAAGCCUGCGACCUGUGAACCUCACGCAGGAGAGGAAUAUUCUGCCCGGGACUCCUGUCUGGGCUCCUGUCCCUAACUUGAAUUUAGAGCUGAAAAAACUAAACUGUAGCCCAGAUUCAUUUCGGUGCACUUUGACGAAUAUCCCCCAGACUCAGGCUUUGCUGAACAAAGCCAAACUUCCUUUGGGAUUGUUGUUACAUCCCUUCCGAGACCUGACGCAAUUACCGGUGAUAACAUCAAAUACCAUCGUGAGAUGCCGCUCUUGUCGAACUUAUAUUAACCCUUUUGUGUCCUUCAUCGAUCAGCGUAGAUGGAAAUGCAAUUUGUGCUACAGAGUUAACGAUGUUCCUGAGGAAUUCAUGUAUAACCCCCUCACCCGAUCGUACGGAGAACCUCAUAAACGACCAGAAGUUCAGAAUUCCACUGUGGAGUUCAUUGCUUCUUCAGAUUACAUGCUUCGUCCUCCUCAACCUGCAGUUUACUUGUUUGUUUUAGAUGUGUCUCAUAACGCAGUGGAGGCUGGAUAUUUGACAAUUUUAUGCCAGUCGCUGUUAGAAAAUCUAGACAAGCUUCCUGGAGAUUCACGAACAAGAAUAGGAUUCAUGACCUUUGAUAGCACUAUUCAUUUCUACAAUUUACAAGAAGGAUUAUCACAGCCUCAGAUGUUGAUUGUGUCUGAUAUAGAUGAUGUUUUUCUGCCUACACCGGACAGUUUACUUGUGAAUCUAUAUGAAAGUAAAGAGCUUAUAAAAGACUUACUGAGUGCAUUACCACACAUGUUCACCAAUACAAGAGAAACUCACAGUGCCCUUGGUCCUGCGCUUCAGGCUGCGUUUAAAUUAAUGUCUCCAACAGGUGGCCGUGUGUCUGUAUUUCAGACACAAUUACCUUCCUUGGGUGCAGGACUGCUGCAGUCCAGAGAAGAUCCCAAUCAGAGGUCAAGUACAAAGGUGGUACAACAUCUUGGCCCUGCAACUGAUUUUUAUAAGAAACUCGCUUUAGAUUGCUCAGGACAGCAGACUGCAGUGGAUUUAUUCCUUCUAAGUUCACAGUAUUCUGAUCUUGCUUCUCUAGCGUGCAUGUCCAAGUAUUCCGCUGGGUGCAUCUAUUAUUACCCAUCUUUCCACUACACUCACAAUCCUUCACAAGCAGAAAAGUUACAAAAAGACCUAAAACGGUACCUCACAAGAAAAAUUGGAUUCGAAGCUGUUAUGAGAAUAAGGUGUACUAAAGGUCUUUCAAUGCACACUUUUCACGGAAACUUCUUUGUCCGUUCCACCGAUUUGUUGUCCCUUGCCAACAUCAACCCUGACGCCGGGUUUGCAGUGCAGCUGUCGAUUGAAGAAAGUUUGACGGAUACGUCCUUGGUGUGUUUUCAGACGGCCCUGCUGUACACGUCGAGCAAAGGUGAGCGGCGGAUCAGAGUGCACACGCUCUGCUUGCCGGUGGUAAGUUCACUGGCAGAUGUGUAUGCGGGAGUGGAUGUACAAGCCGCCAUCUGCCUCCUGGCAAACAUGGCUGUGGAUCGAUCGGUUUCGUCAAGUCUGUCGGACGCCAGGGACGCCUUGGUGAACGCCGUCGUGGACUCCCUGUCUGCCUAUGGCUCGACCGUCUCGAGUUUGCAGCACUCUGCGCUGGUAGCACCCAGCUCCCUCAAGCUGUUUCCCCUCUACGUCCUGGCCCUUCUCAAACAGAAAGCAUUUAGAACGGGUACAAGCACACGCCUGGACGAUCGCGUGUAUGCCAUGUGUCAGAUCAAGUCUCAGCCGCUUGUCCAUCUGAUGAAGGUGAUCCAUCCCAACUUAUACAGGAUAGACAGAUUGACAGACGAGGGCGCAGUACACGUUAACGACAGGGUUGUGCCCCAGCCACCGCUUCAAAAACUGUCCGCAGAGAAGCUGACCAGGGAAGGCGCUUUCCUUAUGGACUGCGGCUCUGUUUUUUAUAUUUGGAUUGGGAAAGGCUGUGACAAUAAUUUCAUAGAGGACGUGCUUGGGUAUCCUAAUUUUGCAUCCAUACCACAGAAAAUGACACAUCUUCCAGAACUGGACACGCUUUCAUCGGAAAGAGCCAGAUCCUUUAUAACGUGGCUUAGAGACAGCAGACCGCUCAGCCCAGUCCUUCACGUGGUGAAAGACGAGAGUCCUGCCAAAACGGAAUUUUUCCAGCAUUUGAUUGAAGACCGGACAGAAGCUGCGUUCUCUUACUAUGAAUUUCUGCUUCACGUUCAGCAGCAGAUUUGUAAGUGAAGUGGAAUCAAAUCGAGUCAGAAGAAAAAGGAUCCACACACACCUGGGUAUAGACCAUAAUCUGUCAGAGAAGCGCUUAGGCAAUUUCAGUGCAGUCCCGUAUUGUCACGAGACACGGUGCUCAGUGCCCUGUCGGGGGCUUUGGCACCAGGUCAAGGGGAAGAAAGAAAGUGGCAGGUUUUCUCCAGCCUAAAUUAGUGGUGAUGCCGACGCCAUGUCACCACGUAGGUUUUGAAUGGGUUUACACCCUUCAGUAGUCUGGCAGUGCCGUGGGCUGUUCAUUGCAAGCUGGCAAAUUCACGUAGCUCUGUGCAAUGAUACGUCCUAAUGCAAACUUAGAUAUAAAUGCUUUUUUCUUAUAAUUAACCUAACACUCUGGACUUGAACCUCUGACAAGAGAUGCCCAAAGACAGUGGUACCGUGUUAAACUUUGUUUAUAUGAAUUACUUUUUAACAAGGAAUGAUUCUUUAUUCAUUAAAUGAACUCAACAUUUUUCCCUGUAAAAAAAAAAAACAAAACAGAGUUUCAGUACAUGAACUAUAGAAAAAGUAUAUAUAUAUAAUGUACAUAAAUGUUACAUUUGUAAAGAAAAUGUAAAAAUUUAACUACAGAAUAUGAAUUGCUUAAACUGUGCUGCAUUGUUGGAUGACAACUCUUUUUGUCACAGUUAGAGAAUGAGGUUGAUUAAUGCAUAUUAUGAAUUGAGUCCACAAAGGAAACACAAAACUCUUUAUAAUCUGUUAAAUCUUUUAUGUGGAUUUAUUUAUGAUCAGCCUACUAAUUAAAAAUAUUUUGCUUGACAGUA